AUGCCACCAGCAGAGAGAAACUCCUUAGAGCAGGCUGUCAUUCACAAUGGAAGUGGAACCAAUGCCCUCUAUGAGACCUUGGGGAAAACAAGAGUUCAAGAUGCCAAGGCAACAGAUGAAAGUGACAGACUAGCCAUUUUGAGAAAGGUGGAGUCUGAUGUGGGAUACCAGAGACUGAACAGUCAAGUCAACAACUUGCUAAGACAAUGGAUGGUGGAUGUCCUCACUCAUCGAGUGGAAACAAGAGAAAACACCAAUGACAUUGAUUAUGUCAGGCUCUGCAAUACAGUGGGGCUGAUUUUUCGUCAUGGUCAGCAUGAAGAAGCAAGAAAUUCAGCCAUGAACCUUCAUCAGAGUGCUCUGAUUGUUUGUGAAACCACUCUAGUAUAUUGGACAUUUCUGUAUGCAAAGGGAGACUUUGAUGGAGCUUUGGCCAAGUACCAGGAAGCUCUUGACAUUCAAGAGUUGGCAGUGGACAAGAAUCAUGCUGAUACAGCCAUUAUCUACAACAAUAUUGGGUCGGUGUUGAGAGCCAGGGGUGGCAUUGAAGGUGCUCUAUCUAACUACCAGGCAUCCCUUGAAGUGGGGGAGGCAGUGUUGGGAAAGAAUCAUCCUCAUACUGCAUUUGCCUACAACAACAUCAGUUCUGUUCUCUGCGACAAGGGUGACUUGGAUGGAGCCUUGUCCCAAUAUCAAAAAUGUCUGAACAUCUUGGAGCCACAGCUAGGAUCGGGUCAUCACAAGACACAGCUUGUUCUGAGCUCCAUUGCCGUCUGUAAGGCAAGAGGUGCUCAAGUGAAUUGA